AUGGCGCCUUCGACAUCCCCUCUCUUUCGUCUCCUGACGCCUCUCCUCCAAACCUUUCGCAAUGUCUCCUCCCGCCCCUCCCUACCCACAACGCUCAGUCCUCUCUCCCAAUCCAAGCCCUUCAGCACCAGCCCACAACUCCUCGCUCGACCGUCAAAGAAACAACCCGGCAAGGACCCCCGAAUAACACUCAUCCGCUACCAUCUGCAGCAUCCGAAGACGCCGCGGCCGUUAAGGCUGUCGCGUAUGCGUGCGCUACGACACUGGACGAUCCAUAGGGCGUGGAUGUUGAGCCGGCGGAAACGGUUGGAGAAGGAGGAGGCUGAAUUAUAUCGUAUGUAUCAAUCUAUGCACGCAGCCUGCGAGGAACUGCGGACGAUGGACCCACCGGGCUCAAAAGACGCCGGGAGACUCUACAGAAUAGCCAUGGAGAAGAAGGGGAUCUAUGGCCAUGGCGGUGUGCCGAUUGAGUAUGCCAGACUUCAGACUGAGACGCCGGGUAAGGAGCCGUGGAACCAUGGGUGGACUAGAUGA